AUGGAUCUGAAUGUAGAAGUUGAAGAAACUGAAGAGGAAAGUGAGGAAAUUAAGCAAAAGAUAGAAACACUGCGUCAAAGAGAAAAUCCAGUCAAUAUAUUAGUUAUUGGUCCUACUGGCUCAGGAAAAUCAACACUUAUUAAUAAUAUGAUGGGAGGUAAUGUAGCAAGAGUUAGUCAUAGUAUGGAGUCAGGGCAGUCUCUAGCUCAAGUACAUGAAGGGGAACACAAGGGAAUAAAGAUAAGGGUUUAUGAUACUGUCGGGUUUGGUAAUAGUGAAAGCCAAGUUAAUUCUAGUAUUUUAAAUGCACAAGGCAAUUUCAAUCUAGUCCUCUUGUGUAUAGAUAUUAAUGGGAGAGCUAAUCGCAAUCUGCGAACUAUUUUAUCUGAUCUUAAAUCUAAUUUGCAUAUUGAAUUAUGGAAGCAUUUGAUUGUUGUACUCACACAUACAAAUCUUUAUAUUGAUCAGCAGAAUAAGUCAGUAGCUGAGAAGAAAGCAGCUGUAGAGAAGAGGAUUACCGAAUUUAAAAGACGCAUGUAUUCUUUGAUUUCUAGUCAUGUCAAUAGGGAUACUUUUGAUAAAAUAAUAUUUUGCACUGUUGGAACUAGGAGGGAUAGAGAAAUUAAACCUCUGUUAGAAGAGAACUGGCUCCACUCAUUGUGGGCAUCAUGCAUUGAUUGA